AUAAUACACAACUUUUCAAUUUGAGGUUAUUGUACUUGUGAAUUUUUUCAAAUUAGUGUAGGUUGAUGUUUGUGUUAAAAUUAUUUUUUGUCUAAACCCUUUAGUUCCAGCUUUGAAAAUAGUCAAAGCUAAUUCAAUUUUGUAAUUUAUAGUACUAUGAGUCUUACCAAUUUUGCUGUUACAAUUGAUGGAGUUCAAACGGACAUCAUUCUAGGAGAUUACUCAGACAAUCUUUUUAUCGCUAUUACUCAAUUUCAAAAACUGGGAUGCAUUUUAUCCGUCCGUAAAGAUGUCAUGAAUUAUACUUCAGCGCAAGAAGAAGUCUAUGAUGUCAGUACAUUAUUAGGCGCCAGUGAUGAAUCUACAGAACUCGCAGCUAGAUAUCUUGCGGAGCAAAUAAACAUUCCAAAAUCAGUUAUAUUCUCCAUAAAUUUGAAAGAUACAUCUCUAAAAACAUUAAAAGCAAUCAGAAAGAUCAUUUUGGCGAGAAAAACUUGGUAAUGUCGUCAAUGAACGCAAAAAGAGUGAUGAAUCGGCUGCAGUUUGGCCAACUGGUGAUAGGCCCGCCUGGUAGUGGCAAAAGCACUUACUGCAAAACCAUGUACGAUAUUUUGAAAGAAAUCGGAAGAAAAGUGGCCAUCAUAAAUAUUGAUCCUGCAAACGAAAUUAUGCCAUAUGAGGCAACAGUCGAUAUAGCCGAGCUGAUUACAGUUGAAGACGUCAUGUUACAUAAAAACCUUGGUCCAAAUGGAUCGUUGAUUUAUUGCAUGGAAUAUCUCGAGAAAAAUAUCAGUUGGCUGAUCAAUCACUUGAAAAAAUUAGAUGAUCAUUACUUUAUAAUUGACUGCCCUGGACAGGUUGAACUUUAUACUCACCACGAAUCGAUGAAAAAAGUAAUGCUUCAACUUCAAGAGUUGAAUAUCAGAUUAUGCGCUGUUCAUCUGGUUGAUUCACACUAUUGCAGUGACUCUGGUAAAUUCAUUUCAACACUUCUACUGUCGUUGACUGGCAUGCUGCAGAUGGAGUUGCCUCAUAUAAAUGUGCUGUCCAAAAUUGACCAAGUUGCCGAAUAUGGUGAUAAUCUACGAUUCGGAUUGGAUUUUUACACCGAAGUGUUGGAUCUUGAUUACUUAUUGGAGGCUCUUCAGACUGAUCCAUUUACUGCCAAGUACAAAAAACUGAGCAAAGCCAUUGUGUCUCUGGUCGAGGAUUAUAGUCUGGUUUCCUUUUUGCCGUUGAAUAUAAAAGACAAGAAGUUGAUCAUACGAGUGAAAAAUGCUUGUGACAAGGCUAAUGGGUAUGUGUAUGGCUCGGGUGAAGAGAGAAACGUGCAAGCCUUACUAGCGUCGGCAGUUGGAGCUGAGACUGAACAGGAACGAACUGGUAUUUUACAAGAUCUUGUUAAUUCAUAAUAAAUAUUUUGCUUCAA